UGGCCAUUUACAACUGAUAACUUCUAUGUAGAGUAAAGUGAUAAACAAAUGAUAAGAGAAAUUUACCUAAUGAGACCAUAGACUUCUGAAAAACACGGCUAACAUAUUUGAAUAUAAUAUAAUGCAAAUACGCGGAUUCAACCAUAUAAUGUCAACCUCUAUAUGCACAACUGUCUAUCUCCACCAAAUAAUAUUUUUAAAAUUUUAUAUAACUCUGUUUUCCUCCAAACAUUCUCUUGUAUAUAUACUCUCAUCUCUUCUUGGAUCCUCUCCUAAAAACCAAACAAACAAAACUUCUUCAUACCUUUUGCUUGCUCCUACAAUCUCUCCUUGAAUCCGAAUCUUUCUUCAUAUAAUGGGAAACUAUGUUUCUUCUGCACUAAGCAAAACGUCUUCAUCAUCAUCAUCGGCGGCGAAAGUGAUUCUCCCCGACGGUGGAGUACGUAACAUUCACGCGCCGAUGAAAGCUGCCGAGCUUAUGAUGGAGAUUCCAAGCUUCUUCCUCGUCGACGCAAAGUCUUUAAAGAUCGGUCGGAAGUUUUGUCCGUUAGCCGCCGAUGACGACCUUCAAAUCAAAGGCUGCCACGUGUACGUAGCUUUCCCUAUGACGCGUGCCACGUCAGCUGCUAAUGCUUCGGAUUUGGCUCGGUUAUUCGUAGCUGCUAAGAAACAGCGCCGCCACCGCGUGGGAAGUGAUCAUUCUUCCGCCGCCGUGAAACACUGUCAUAAUAACGGAAGGGUUUCGCCGGACGGGGAAGGAGAUGACGUCAAGGUGAUUUCAGCGGGAUCAAAGCUGAACCUAGAAGAUAUCGAAGAGUUUUCGGCGGCGGAGUUUAUGCAUAGGAUCUCAGUUUCGAAAUCUAAGAAACCAAAAUUAGAAACUAUAGUUGAAGAAUCUUUGUCUUAAAACUAAAAAUGAAAUUUCAUUUUUCGAACAUUUUUUCAUGUUUUGCUAUUGUUGUUUUCUAAUCCUCUCCGCGCAAGUGGCUUGGCUUCUCUUUUGUGGUAUUAAUGAACAGAAAGAGACAUUAUUCGACUAUUCGAGAAUGAACAUGUUAUCUUUACAAUAUUUUUUUUUGUCUGUCUACAUGAAAAGCAAAUUCCUUGGUUC